AUGAGGAGCCAUUUGGCGGUGCAACUGGUUUCAAUGGAAAUGGUCGCGCGAAUGGGAGGAAAUCAGCAUCACACCGAAAGAACUGCUACCAAUUCUACUAGCAAGCGCUACACGGGGAAAACCGAAGAAGGUCUCUCUCACAAAACUAUCAAAAGCUACCUGUCAGCAUUGCGCCACCUACAGAUCCAGUCGGGUUUGGGCGACCCAUUCACCGCUACUCUCCCACAACUAGCUUAUGUCUUGAAAGGAAUUCGACGUCAGCAGGAACCUCGUCUGAAGGUCGACCAGCGCUUGCCUAUUACACCGGCAGAAUUGAGAAUUUUGAAAGAUGUGUGGGCAAAAAGAUCACCAUUUUACGACGACGCAAUGCUAUGGGCUGCAGUCUGCACGGAUUUCUUUGACUUUACGCGAGCGGGAGAGUUUACCGUAAGCUCCGUAGCAGCAUUCGACGCCUCUGUUCACCUGGCUCCACAAGACGUCAGCAUCGACUCACAUGUCACUCCGUCUGUGCAAGAAAUUUGCCCAGUGGUUGCUCUGCUGAGCUAUGUGGUGCUUCGAGGCAACGCGCAAGGCCCCUUAUUUCUCUACGACGAUGGCACGUCACUCUCGCGCAAUAGGUUGGUCCGAGAAGUUCAACGGGCGCUCACAGAAGCCGGACGUGACUGCACAGGCUUUACAGGCCACAGCUUCCGCAUUGGUGCAACGACGACAGCGAAGGCAAGAGGGUUGGACGAUUCCAUAAUCAAAGCCCUUGAAAGGUGGAAGAGUACAGCGUUUGAGUCGUGCAUAAGAAUCCCUGGCAGCAGUUUAGCAGAAUUUUCGCAGUCACUCGUGUAA